UUUCAACCCGUGGUUAUGUACAUCACGAACGCUACCUCAUUUACGUGUAGGACUGCUGUUCCUUGCUGUUUCUUCAUGUCAGUGCGCGUGCCACCUUGGUAUUGUCACGUGACUUGUUUUACACCGUCACAUGACUUUCAGUGCUACAAAAUGUCGGCCUCAAUACUUCACCAGGCUCCUCAAGGCUUCUAUGGAGCAGUGGAAAUAAUUAAUAAACUGCCACAAGAUGUACUGGCAGAAAUGUGCCAUGAAGUCAUGCAGUUCUUGCAGUAUAAAAUUGGCAGUAUCAAUGUAAAAGCACUACACAAUAAGUCAUUGGUUGAAAAUGAAGCACUCACUGAAAAAGCCAUACAAAGUUCCGUGAAUGCACUUACCUAUUUAUUUAGAGCUGCUGCCAGACUGAAGUACAGUACAGCAGAGUUAACAUCACAGCUACAAAGCAGCUCAGCCUUCAGUGAGAGUGCACAGGCAACGUUAAAACAUAUAUGGAACCAGCAGGGUAAACUGCUGUUUGCUGUGGACCAAGCUAACCAGCUAAUAAAUGUUGGACAGUUGAGUAAAGCUGUCUCAUAUUCAGAGUUAAUAGAUUUCCAGUGGAAGCUAGGAGUUGCCAUGAGUUCAGAUGGCUGUAGGAACUUGAACACGCCAUUUGUAACUGUCUUACUUAAAGUAGCUGACCCAACUGGUCAUGUGACUACACGCUCAUUUGAAAUGACCGUUAUACAAUUUCAGAAUUUUUCUAAACAAAUCAAAGAAAUGGCUGCAGUUCUCGAAAGUGUUUGAAAAUGAUCACAUGCACUAUGACUUCUCUGGACUACUCUCAAUAAAAACGAUGUAGAUUCUGCAAGUCGGCAUAAUAGGAAGGCCUUGUUUAUGCAGGACAGGAAGACAUGCUAUCAGGAUGAACUUUUAGCGUGGUCUCAUUUCUUAAAUCUUUUCAAUGUAGACCCGUUGGGGACAUUGGUGUAAUGUAAUCUGAACAGUGAAACAAAGUUAACUGCAUUGCUUCUUGCAGAGGCUAGGGUUUGAACCUAUACUUCCUAGUGGUCAUUGUUAAUUCACUUCAAAUUGUUCUGAAGCAGAAGUGGGGCAAAUGGAUUUUGAGAUAAAAAAUGUUGUUGGCGUAGAGGUAAUUAAGAAAAAAAUCAAACAUUCAGGAUACAUUAUCGAAUCAAUUCUUUCUCAAACAUAUAGUUAUUCAUAUUUUCUUAUAGCAUGCUCAGUUAUUAUUUAUUUUGGAUAUUUACUGCAGUGUGAAGGGGGCAAUCGUACCAAUUUUGAAAGAGCAUGCAGUCUAAAUGAUACCUAUAAAAGCAAGCAGUCUCUUGCUGUUUAUCAUUUCCAUGAUUUUUCUUUAAUAAUAUAUGCACAAAUCCUGUAUAAUUGAUUAUGCAGAGGUUAUAAAGUGAAACAAACAUUUCUAGUCUUCCGCUAUUCAUUUAAAUUUAUUCUGAAAACAAACAUUCUGAAUUCAUUUGAAGCCAUAAGCUUACCUAUGUGAUCUGGCAACAAUAAAUAUAAUUACACUUUUGAUGUGCUUGUGUGUCUUUCCUAUAACUAGACAGCAAAUUCUUCAAAACCAUUACUUCCCAAGUCUGACAAAAUAUAUACGUAUAUACUCAAU